GGGCGCCUUGCCCGGCUCGUCGAUGCCGUCUCAGACCCCCACUCGCCACGAUACGGCAAGUACCUGUCCCUGGAGCAGGUGCGGGACCUUGUCCAGCCGUCCCCAGCCACACUCAUGGCAGUGCUGAAGUGGCUGCAAGGCCAUGGUGUUGAGAACUGCAGGAGCGUGACCACCCUCGAUUUCCUGGAGUGCCACAUGCCAGCGAGCACGGCUGAGCGCCUCUUGCCAGGGGCUGAGUUCCACCGCUACGUGAAAGGCCAGCGCAGUGUUGUGCGCUCCCCGCUGCCCUAUACUGUCCCCGAGGAACUGGCUGAGCAUGUUGACUUUGUGGGUGGCCUGCACCGGUUCCCCGCGGAGAGGAAGGUGGUCAGCAGAUCCUGGGCCAGGAAGGAAGCGGAGUCAAGGCAGCACUAUGGAGAGAGAGCGGCUUUCCACCUGGGUGUGACACCUUCCAUCAUUCGUAAGAGAUACAACAUGACGGGAGGAGACAUCGGGCUACUGCCAAACAACAGCCAGGCCUGUGCCCAGUUUUUGGAACAGUAUUUCCACCAGGCUGACCUGGCUGAGUUUAUGCAGCUCUUUGGCAGCAGCUUUGGCCACCGCUCUCAGGUUGACCACGUGGUCGGGCACCAGGGCAAGGGCAAGGCUGGGCUGGAGGCCAGUCUGGAUGUGGAAUACAUCAUGAGCACGGGUGCCAACAUCUCCACGUGGGUCUUCAGCAAUGCAGGGAGGCACGAGAGCCAGGAGCCCUUCCUGGCCUGGCUGCUGCUGCUCAGCAAUAUGUCGGCGCUGCCGUGGGUGCACUCUGUGAGCUACGGGGAUGACGAGGAUAGCCUGUCACUAGCCUACAUGGAGCGUGUGAACGUGGAGUUCAUGAAGGCAGCUGCCCGGGGCUUGACCAUCCUGUUUGCCUCAGGCGACGAUGGUGCUGGGUGCAGAAGGGUGCCCGGAGGGAACCACACUUUCCGGCCCAGCUUUCCAGCCUCAAGUCCCUACGUCACCACCGUGGGCGGAACGUCCUUCAAGAACCCCUUCCUGGUGACCGCAGAGGUGACGGACUACAUUAGCGGGGGAGGCUUCAGCAACGUCUUCCCCAUGCCCAGUUACCAGGCUGCUGCAGUACAGCGUUUCUUCCACUUGGCCUCCAAGCUGCCUCCCAGCUCCUACUACAACAGCAGCGGUCGUGCCUACCCUGACCUGUCCGCCCUCUCCGACAACUACUGGGUGGUGACAAACCGCAUCCCACUGCCCUGGGUGUCGGGGACAUCGGCAUCCACCCCCGUGGUGGCAGGCAUGGUGGCACUCAUCAAUGACCGGCGCCUGCAGCGGGGGCUGGCACCCCUGGGCUUCCUCAACCCCACGCUCUACCAGCUGCAGGAGCAGGGCCACAGCGCAGCGCUCUAUGAUAUCCCGGAUGCCGUCACGGGGUAUUACCUCAACAGGGCGGGAUUCGAGGCCUCUGAUCCACGCAUCAUUCGCUUGAUCUCUCUGGCCGCGCAGAAGUUUAUUUCUGACAUUGCCAAUGAUGCGCUGCAGCACUGCAAGAUGAAGGGAACGGCCUCAGGCAGCUCCCGCAAUAAGAGCAAGGAUAAGAAGUACACGCUGACCAUGGAAGACCUGACACCAGCACUUGCAGAAUAUGGCAUCAACGUGAAAAAGCCACAUUACUUCACAUAA